CCGGCCAAGGGGGCCCCGAACCCUCACUCGCCUCCGUCCCCACUGGCUCCGGACUGCAGCGGGCGCGUGCAAAGGCCCGGCCCCGACUCCUUUUUCUCUGGGGAACGUCGAAGGCUCGACUAACGGGACUGCUUUGGGUUGAUGGGUCUGGAGAAGGGACGGGAAUGUUGGGGAAGGGUCAAGAUCUCUGUGGAUUGGGGGUCGUAACAGAAUAACAACCGCGAGAAAUAGCUCCAGUUUCUCUAGGGUCUUAGGUUUACAAAGCUGCUUCUUCAUGACCAUCCUGGGUGGUAGAUCAAGUCUACCCAUUUUAUAGAAGAGGAAACUAAGACUUCGAGAGGUUGAGUGACUUGCAGGGGGUAGCUGGAUGGGAAGCAAGGGAGAGGGUGGGGAGUGUGCCUGGGUAAAUUCUCAGUCCUCGGUGGGGGAAGGGGUGCAGUCAUCAGGGAUUAGGGGCGUGAGUAGGUGCAAUCAUCCUCAAACAGAGAAGAUGGAACUCCGGAUUCAUUUGGGGUGUGUGGGAGGAGGUGGGAGAUAGGGAGGAGGUGUUUAGCGUUCAUUAUGGGGAAAACCAAGAGAUUGGGGCUUAGCUUAGAGAAGAGCACUUCGGUCCAACCUUCUGACAGGGACGGAAGGAGUAUCUGGGUAGUACAAAGCAUAAAUAAGGUCUGUAGGAGAGAUGAAGGAAGCUUAGGGCAGAAAGGAGGAGGAGGAAGAGGGGAAAACACUGGGUACAAUCUUUAUAGGGAUAGGGAUAUUGAGAUGAAGUCCACCAUGAAAUAAGAUACAGCUAGCUCAAUGAAUGAGAUGAACGAAUUAGAGUUCAUGGACAAAAAGGGUUCAGAUUGGAACUGCAUGUAUGUGUGUGGAACAAUCUAGCUUAUUGGAUACUAACAUCCUUUUUUUCAAGCUUUACUUUGACUCUUCCCUCAUCUAGUGUGAGCAGAGCAGUCAGCUGGAAAGUGUUCCCUUUCUGCACCCAACUAGAUCCCAAGCCUUCUCUCUUUAAUGCAUUUGGCUUAGUACAAUGUCCAUUUAUUAUUUCACAGUCUGGAACUCCACACUAGCACAUUGUACCCCAAAUCUGAUUACUCUAAAUGCAGCUGGUUUGGAGUAUUAAAUAGGUGAUUAUGUAACCUCAGCCCUGUAGAUCUAGCUACAUGGGGGAAAUUGCUAAAUGAAAAAAUGUUAUAGAUAUUUGUAAACAUUUUUUUCCUCAUUCUAUGGUCUUGGAAAAGCACUAGCGAGGGUGGUUCAUUGGGAGAAAUAUGUAGUGUGAAAUAGCUUCUUAUCUGUGGUUGAUAGAAAUGUACAGAUGCAAUAAAUAGUAGCGUGAGUAUAAGGACAGAAUGUAUGCAUUCAGGAUGCUAAAAACAACUUAAUUAGCGCAACACCUCUAGGAGGGUCAUGAGCUCUACCUGUAACAUUUAAUGAUAGUAAAUAUUUUGGUGUUAAAUUAAAAUUUUGUUGAAAUCUUUGAGAACCAAUUUUUGUUCUCUGUUGCCUUAGGCUUUAGUCUCUAAGAGGUAACUCAUAGGGAAAGAUACAGAAAAGCACCCUAAAAACCAUGAAAUAUUUGACAGAAUGUUGGGGAAAUAGCUUGGAAAUAGAUAUUAACUGAAAUCCUGAAAAAACGAAUCAAACGGUUAUGAAUGCAGUGCAGGGAAAAUUCUAGUCAGUAAUAAAACGACACCCUGAAAACUCAUAUAAGCUACCAAGAGAUGACAGGUUGAAAUGGAAGACAUUAUCUCUGUGCCAUUUUCUUUAAAUCAAACAGGCUGGAGUCAAAGUGAAGCUAGAGAUAGCUUUGGGAUUCAAUCUGAAUCUGGCCAUUUAUGCUCCCGUGCUUUUCUGUGUGGGAGCUAAUUGCCUGUGAUGGAACAUUAUUUUUGAUUGUUCAGCUGUCCAAGUAUGUAUCUAAUUCCUAACAACUCAAAUUUCUUAGACAACUGGAAGUAAUGAAUGGUCAUUAUUGAAACUGUAAGCCUGCUUACACUACUGGGCGGCUUUGCAAAUCAGUGCUAUGAGCAUUAUUUUUAUGAAGACAAAGCUGGGGACAUGUGUUCAUUUCCCAUGAAUUAUUUUAAUCCACUUAAUAUUGUACCACUCCUAAUAUUGUGAGCAUUCUUCAUUUUGCUGCAUAUUGUAGUGGUAUUUGGAUUUUAGCUGGAGGCAAACUCCCUUCUGCUAAGCUAUAGUGCUGUUUUUCCUAGUGAAAGUCGAAAUAGCUGAUCAUAAAAAACACCUUGUCAUUUGGAAGUUCCUGAUAUGAGGGAACUUAAUAUUUGACUUUUCAUUACCUGACUGGGUCUUUUGAUUAUGAUUGGAUCACAUAUUGCAAUGCCACCAGCUAACGUGUUUACAAAAUACGUAUUUUAUUUUCAUUUCCACUAACAAGUACCAGUAAACCAACUUGUAAACAGAGCAUAAGAAAAUAAGAAAAAUGAGUAUUCAAUAUGACACAUACAUACAAUCAAUCUAAGAUCAUGAAUGAUUGCAUUAGUGGCUAUAAGCUUCUGUUAUUUACUUAUUUUUAACUCCGUCCUAAAAAUACUAGUUUGUUGACUUUAAUGUGGCCAUAUCUAGACAAUCUUUGCUUUUAUGAUACUUUUUUUUCAUUUUCUUUUCAGUCUGUAACAUUGAUUUUGCUGCCAUUCUUACUGUCUUUAACUAUGUAAUUGUAGUUAAUGUACAUUGUUCUAUUGGUUCUGCUUUCUUCACUCUGCAUCACUUCACAUAAGUCUUCCUAUAUUUCUUUGAAUUCUUCCUAUUCAUUAUUUGUUGUGGCAUAUUAUGAUGCAUUCUAUAACCAUUUGAAACAUCUAAUGAAAUUGGGUGGUGCCAAAGAUUAACUUGGAAUAAAGGAAGCAAAGACUAGUGCCUACAACUACUGUCCUGUUUUACAAUAAGAUCACACUCAGAAGCAAACAGAUGGGGAAAGAUUGGGGAACAUUUUUCACCAAAGUUUGAGAACUGGGGAUGGGUGAGACUGAUAACACUGACAACAGAGCUCUGGAAUCUACAAUGUUUCCCUUAGGGACCACUUCAAUCUCUUGGGUUGUAGGAAAACAGAGAACAUCGAUGGACAGUGCCAGAGUGACCCUGGCCUUUCUAGUAGCACAGUAGAGGGCCUCCUCCUUAUUGUCAGGUUGGAGGCUUUGAAAAAGCAAAGCUUUUCCAUAGCUGUAAUUCAGCUUGUCACAUUGACUCAGCCAGAGCAGCACCUAAACUGUCUAUCCUUUUCUUUUAGCAUCAAAAUGGCUUCCCAUUUCCUCACGAUAGAGUGUCCCAGGUCCCUGCUGCCAAAUUUAGCCGGUUCAGUUCUGUGCUACUGGUGAACAGAUUGGACCAUUGAGGGAAAAAGACCUGAGAGAUGCAUUCUGAGUAUUUGAGAAAAGAGCAAAAGGGAAAGGAUGGCAUAUCUCUUAAAGUAAAUUCAUUAAUUUAGCGGCAAUCUUUCUAGUCUAGUUAAUUAAAUUCAGUUCAAUUUGUUUAGUACUUACUGUGCCUAACACAUUAUGCUACAUAUUAGGGGAGAUUGAAAGGUGUUGAAAACAUGGGUUGGCCCUCAUGGAGCUUACUGUCUAGUGGGGAAGAUAAAUUCCAAAUAACUGUAAUGUAAGGCAGAAUGUGUAAAGAUGAUGCCCAGGAAAUAGUAUGAUAAUUAAAAGUCUCCUAUAAGAUGAGUGGAAAACAAGAAGGGGGAAAUAAUCAUCUCAUCCAGUCACAAGAGAAUUAAACUGUAUAUUAAUAUAAUGCCAUAAUGAUAGUCUUUAUGACCAGUAGCAACUUCUCUAUUUUAUUACUCAUACUAUGCUGACAUAGCAUUGUGUCUGUGUUGACACUACUCUCAGAAGCCAAGUGGGACAAGAGAGCUUGAUCUAAAUCCUUGCAAAUGGCAACACCCACAGUCCUGUAGCCUGCUGCUUAGAGUUAUAGAAAGCCAGGAUACUCACUGUUUCUAGCCAGGAAGGUUGAGGGGCUUGGGGUGAUGGAGAGCUAUGCAUGGAAACUCUUUUCUACAUGCUUUCAAUCACUUUUUCAAGACUAUAGGACUAUAAGAUGGUAAAUGAUGGUCAGGUAAAAGCCAAGAAUAAGAAACAUUAUUAAGGAAAUGUGGCAAAGGAGAAAUAGCAGUGUUUUAGAAUCAAAAGAUUUUGGCUUUGAAUCCCAAUUCUGCUGCUUCCUGUUUGGGUGAUUUGGAGCAAGUUAUCUUUUCUCUUUUGAUCUCUUACUUUCUGUCAAAUUAUUGCAUAUUGGAGGAGUCAGAGUAGGCAGAGUUGUAGAAUUUCAAAAAGAGAAGGAAGGAUUUAUUUAAACACUUAAAGUAUCAGGCACCUACUAUGUGCCAGGUACUGUACUAAGUGUGCUUGACAAAUAUCAUCUCAUUUGAACCUCACCAUAACUGUGGGAGGUAGGCUGUUAUUAUCCCUAUUUUUAAGUGAGGAAACAGAGGCAAAUAGAAGUUAAGUGACUUGCUCAGGGUCAUAUAGCCAGUGUCUAAGGCCAGAUUUGAACCCAGACCUUCCUGACUCUAGGCCUAAUGCUCUAUCCACUGUGCCAGUUUUCAGGUAGGACCUGAAAAGUUUGAAAAAGAUCUCAUUGACCAUUUGGUUCAACUGAAACCUGUACAAGAAUCUUCUUUGCAGCAUACCCAGUGAGUGAUUCAUUUACUCUUUGCUUGAAGUUCCUCAACUCAUCACUUCCUGAGGUAGCCCAUUCUGCUUUUGGGUAGCCUAACUAUUUUUCAGAUUUGCCUUAUAUUGGGUCUAAAUUUGUCUCUUUGCAACAAAGAUUACUCUUGCUUUUGACCUCUGGGACUAAGCAGAACAGGUCUAAUUCCAGAUUCAUGUGACAACCCUUAAGCUCCUUGAAGACAGCUGUUAUCUUCUCUUUUUUCCAAGCUAGACCUCCUUGGUUCCUUCAGUUCAAUCCCAUGGAUUCUGAACUUGAGGCUCUUCACUAUUCAGGUUGUUUUCCUUUCUAUCUUAUUAAUGGCCUUCUAUUAAUGUGAUGCUCAGAGCUAAACACAGUAUUCCAGAUGUUCUCUGAUUAGGGCAGAAUAGUAUGGGAUUGUCACCUCUCUAGUUCUUAAUGCUAUUGUUAUUUCAACCCAAGUUUGCCUUAGCUUUCUUGACUCCCACAUAACAUUGGCAACUUCUAUUAAACUUUGGGUCUACUAAAACACUCAGUUCUUUUUCAGAUGAACAAUCAUAGAAUCAGGAAUGGUCAAGUACUACUUCUGACAAAUACUGUGUGACCUUGGGUAAGCCACUUAACUUCUCAGUGACCUGGUACCUAAGAAGAUACUUAAAGACAAUUCACCAAGGCCAUAAAGAAGAGGUUUCACACUAGUAGUUGUUUAUACCAAUGAAAUAACAAGUUCAGACUACAUUUUCCUUGCCUCAAAAUAAAGUUUUACAUUUAUUACAAUUAAAUUUUAUUUUUAUUAGAUUUGAUCCAGUGUACUUUUCUGUUAAAAUCUUUUUGAAUGCUACUUCUGUCAUCCAAUGUACCAGCUAUCCUUCCAAGCUUUGUGUCAUCUGCAAAUUUGAUAAAUGUGCAUCUAUGCUUUUAUCUCAGUCAUUGAUGUGUUAAUGUUAAAUAGCACAGGGCUAAAAACAGAUACUUGGAUCAGUGUCCAAGAGACUUUCUACCAUGUUGAUUUGAACCAUUAACCUUUGGGUCAGGACAUUCAAACAGUUCUGAAUAUGUCUAAUUGUACUGUCCUCUAGCCCACAUCUCCAUAUUUUUCACAAGAAGAUUGUAAAAGACUGUAUCAAAUGCUUUGAUAAAAUCUAGGUGAACUCUAUCUGUAGUAUUCUUGAUCUACCAGCUUAAUAUGCUGUCAGAAAAGGAAAUGUUAGGCUAUCGUGACUUGUUCUUGAAGCCAUGCUGACUUUUUUCUGAUAAAUGCUUCCUUUUCCAUGUUUACUAAAUUUCUCUUUAAUAAUAGGCAGGGAAUGGAAUAAGCAUUUAUAUAACGCCUACUUUGUGCCAUGCACUCUACUAAUCAUUUAAAAAAUAAAUAUUAUCUUAUUUGAUCCUCACAACAAUUCUAUUAAGUAAGUUCUAUUGUUACUCUUAUUUUACAGUUGAAGAAACCAAGGCAAAUGGAGAUUAGUGACUUGCCCAGGAUCACUCAGUAAAUGUCUGAGAAGGGAUAUGAGCAUAAGUCUUCCUGACUCUGGGCCCAAUGCUCUAUCCCUUGCAUUACUUCUGCCUUUGCAGCUGUUUUUGUAGGAGGUAGAACUUGAACUAGAGUUUGAAGGAUGAGUUGUAUUUAUCUAGACAGAGGGAAGGGAAGAGGCUUCCCCAUCCCCAACUGGCUGCAUUCUUAUUCCUAUCCACCUUAGCCCUACUCUGUGUCCCUCUCUCCCCAUGUCCCAUUUCAGAUCUGCUUGCCUUUUGCACUAUAAUUACAAACUUCUCUCAUACCUUGGACUUUCUCCCUUCUUCCAUUACGGGCCUUCACUGAAGCCUUACCUUUCUUCCUCCCAAAGACACUGCUUCAAUUGAUACCCUUUCUAGUACUAGCUACAUUUUCUCUCAAGCCUCCCUCCACCAUUGCUCAUUACAGUAGAAGGGUCAGAAGAUUCCUUGCUCUCUAUUGCCUCUUUUAGAUUUUCUCUGCACUAUCCCCACUGAUCAGCCUCUCCUCAUUUAAAGUUCAUACUAUAGAAAUUUAUUAUCCAAUCCAGGUCAUGGUAGUUGUUAGAGAUAGUUUGGUGGCAUAGUAGAGAUGGAGUAUUGGAUUUAAAGAGUUCAAAUCCUGCCUCAGAUUUGGGCAAGUCUCUUAACCUCUUAUCAUUAGUUUCCUCAUUUAUAAAAGAGAUAAUAAAAGCACCUACUUCCCAGGGUUGCUGUGAAGAUCAAAAGAGAUAACUUAUGGAAAACACUUUAUAAACUUAAAAGUGUUAUUAUAUAAAAGUUGUUGUUUUUCUAUUGUGUCAUCAUCACCUGUCCAUGACCAUACCAUCUAUGGGGUUUUCUUGGCAAAGAUAUGAUAUGUGGUUUGUCAUUUCCUUCUCCAGUGGAUUAAGGCAAAAAGAGAGGGGAGGGGGAAGGGAGGGAAAAAGAGAGAGAGAGAGAGAGAGAGAGAGAGAGAGAGAGAGAGAGAGAGAGAGAGAGAGAGAGAGAGAGAGAGAGAGAGAGAUUGAGAUUAAGUAAUUUGCCCAGCAUUAGGUACCUAUGUCUGAGGCCAAAUUUGAACUCAGAUCCUCCUGAUUCUGGGCCAAGCACUUAAUUCACUGUGCUACCUAGUUUCUUAUAUAAAGGUUAGCCAUUGUUAUUUUGGGGCAGCUAGGUGGCACAGUGAAUAGAGUGCCAGACUUGUUCAGAAAGACUCUGCUGAAUUCAGAUAUGACCUCAGACACUUAAAAGCUGUGAUCCUGUGCAAAUCAUUUAACCCUAUUUGCCUCAGUUUCCUCAUCUAUAACAUAAGCUGGAGAAGGAAAUGACAAACCAUCCAAUAUCCUUAUUAAAUGCAGUCACUAAGAGUUGGAAAUGACUGAAAAACAAAAUUAAUUUUUUAAUGUUAUAGAAAUGUCUAUGACCUAUAGACAUUUCUUUCCUUCCUCAAUGAGCCUCUCAGUCUCACUCCUCUCUCCUCCCCUUGUACAGGAAGUCUUCAGCAUACUUGUUUCAGUUCCUCAGUCUACUCAUUUCCUAAGAUCUGCUCCUCUACUCUACCUUAGCUACACACUGAGAUACUUAGCUACACACUUUUGACCUUGCCAUCAACCACAGAUCUUAACAUUUCCAUGCUUAUGAAUGCCAAAAUUUCUUUAUCUAAAUAUAUAAUUUGAAUAUUCCAUCUUUCCCCAUUUCUUAUAAUCUCUAACAAUAUCCUUUGUCCUCAUCAUUACCUCUAUUCCCUUCCUAUCUCUUUUCUUUCCCAAAUCAUAACUCCAGCACUGGGUACACUUCUCAUCCAUCUUUGUGAACCAAUUCAAUUCUAUAUUGUUCUCCAUUCUUGAAGCCCUUACCCUUUGUCCUGUUGCUGAUCAAGCUAUACCAAACCUCAACCCUAGAUUAUUCCCACCUUCUACCUCCUAAUUGCUAAAUGGAGUUGGAAGAAAUGAUGAAAUUUUGCCAAUUGUGUCCACUACAAUUUAUAUUAUCUAAGCUCAACAGGGCCCUCACUGCAGCAAGGCAAACAUUCUAUUCUUCCCUAAUCAGUUUGUUGUUCCUCUCUCAACAGUGGCUGUUCUAGACUUUUCUAUCUUUUCUCAAGCCUUCCCUCAUCCUCUCAGUCAAAGACCUUGCCAAAUACUACACUGAAAAAGUGAGACCACCUGUGUCUAAGAGUUCUUACUUUUCCCCUCCUCAUUUUAUAUCAUUUAGGCAUCUUCUCUCAUAUCUCCUUCCCUCUAGUCUUAUAUGACUAGGUAGCACUUCUCUUGGCCAACCUCUUUAUAUGUACUCUUAAUCCUGUCCUUUCCUGUCUUUUUCAACAGAUUAUCCUGACUAUCUUCCCCACUCUAUUAUAUUCAAGCUCUUCUUAUCUUCUAUUUCUCUGGAGUUACAGACAUGCCUAUGUCUCUCAUUCUGAAAAAGUCCCCAUUUGAUCCAAUCAUCUCCAAUAGCUGUUGUCCAAUAUCUCUCCUCCCUUAAAUUUGAGAAACUUGGCCACACUUAGUGCCCUCCACUCUUGUCUUCUCAAUUCCAAGCCCCCUGCAAUCUGGUUUCCCAUGUCACCAUUUAACUGGAACUAUCCUUUCCAAAGUUACCAAUCAUUCUUCAUUGCCAAAUCAGAUGGCUUUUUCUUGAUCUUCCUCCUUCUUGAUCUCUCUGCUGCUUUAAAAACUGUUGUGGACAUUCUCCUCCUGGAUACUCUCCUCUCUGGGUUUUUGUGACAAGGCUCCAUCUCCUGUUUCUCCUCAUAUCUGUCUGACUGCUCCUCAGUCUUCUUUGCUGGUUUUCCAUCCAUGUCAUGCUUACUAACUGCAGGGUCUCCAAAGGCUCUAUCCUGGACCCAUCUCUCUUUUCAUUCUAUAUUAUCUCAUUUGGUGAUCUUGUUAGUUCCCAUGGGUUCAAUUAUCAUCUCAAUGCAGAUGAUUCCCAGAUCUGUAUAUUCAUCCCUAGUCUCUCUGAGCUACAGUCAUGCAUCACUAACUACCUUUUGGAUAUCUUGAGCUUUUCCAAAUGCCUGCAAUGUGCUGUCCCUUCAUCUCUUCCUAUCCAUUUCCCUGGAUUCCUUCAAUAAUUAGCUCAAAUCUCACCUUUGUCUGGAGGCUUUUCCUAUCCUUACCUUACUCCUCCUCCCCACUCUAAGUGCUAGUGCCUUCCUUUCUUAGAUUACUAUCCAUUUAUUCUUUUUAUAUCUAGACAGAUAGAUUGUGCAGCAGAUGGAGUACUGGGCCUGAAGUCAGGAAGACUUAAGUCCAAAUCUGGAGUCAGACACUUAAUUAGCUGUAUGAUAUUGGGCUAGUCAUUUACUCUCUGUUUACCUCAGUUUCUUCAAUUGUAACAUGGGGAUGGCAAUAAUACCAUUUAUCUUCUGGAGCCGUUGUGAAGAUCAAAUGAGAUUUGUAAAGCACUCAGCACAGUCUUUGGCACAUAGUAGUUGCUAUAUAAAUGCUAUUAUUAUUAUUAUACCUUGUAUGUACCUUAUUAUUUACAUGUUAUUUCCCUUAUUAGAAAAUGAACUCUUUGUGGUCAGGGAUGGUCUUUUUUUCUUCUUUUGUAUCCCCAUUGCUGCACAUAGUAAACACUUAAUAAUGCUUUCUGACUGAUUGGAGGUAAAAGAGUGGUUGUAGGAAAGCUUUCUCUCCCAAACUAAAUCUACCAUGAAUGGCAAUUCCCUUCUGUUUUUUCAACCAAAAAGUUGAAUUUGCUAAAGAAACAUUUGGACCCAAAGAGAGGUGUUAUUCAAAGUACCUGGUUCAGUGCCCCUGUAGGUAAGAAGGAUGUAGAAACUGACAUUUUAGGUGGACUUUAACUUUGGUUAAAUGGAUAUAUAUAACUGAAUUUAUAAAGCUCAUUAGUUACUGUUCUUUGAUUCAGCUACCCGACUCAAGAGAUUCCAGGUGUGGUGGCACACACACCUUGAUGCUGGGGAGGCCUAAGCUGUGGUAAGGCUGUGAUCCAAUGUUCUCAUUAAGUCCAGCACAAAUAAGUGAGAUGGGGAGACCCAGGCUCAAAGAAAAAGAAAUUCCUGUAGCAAGAAUCUAAAAGGAGAGGUUCUAGAAGGAAGCAUGACCUAGCUCUUCAAGUAUGUCGAGAAGAUUAGAUCCUAAGGACCACCUGGACAGUCAGAGAGCCACUUCCCCCACCCUAAAGCAGGCCAGUGCUCAUAGCCAUGAAGGCCGCCGCCGAGAGAUGAGGACUCAUGGACAGGCUGGCCCGCAGGUGGAUGGCCCCCAUCGGACACUCCAGGUGGACAGCAGGAUGCAGAGAUCAGGCCGAUCUCCCUCAGUGUCGCCAGAUCGAGGCAGCACUCCAACAUCCCCUUAUUCAGUACCCCAAAUUGCACCCCUCCCAAGCAGCACCCUCUGUCCUAUAUGCAAGACAACAGAUCUCACCUCUUCUCCCAACCAGCCAAACUUCAACACCUGUACACAGUGUCACAACAAGGUUUGCAACCAGUGUGGAUUCAACCCUAACCCUCAUCUUACAGAGGUGAAAGAAUGGUUAUGUCUGAAUUGCCAGAUGCAGAGAGCUUUGGGGAUGGACAUGACUACCGCACCUCGUUCCAAAAGCCAGCAGCAGCUGUACUCGCCUUCCCUUUCUCCUGCUCACUCCCCAGCCAAACAACCCCAGCCACAACCACAACCCCAGCCCCAGCCCCAGCCCCAGCCCCAGCCCCAGCCCCAACCCAAGCCCCAGCCUCCAGCACAGGCACAGGGGAAGCCUGAGCCAGAGAAAAUCCCUGGAACCACACAGCCCAGGCUCCAACAGGCGCCUGGUGUCCAGCAGGCUGAAGUGCCCAGAACUCCUGGGGUACUAGGGCAGCGGGAAACCCAAAGCCAAGGACAGGCCAGACCUGCUGGGCCUCAGGAAACAGGAAGGAUUUCCCCUCAUCCUUCUCCAGCCAAGGGGGUAACUCCAACUUCUGGGCCUGGGGCUCAAGAACAAGCCCAAGAAGGACUCACUGGGAAGCUUUUUGGAUUUGGGGCCUCUCUGCUAACCCAGGCCAGUACACUUAUGUCUGUCCAGCCAGAGGCCAGUCCACAAAGCCAGCCAUCUCCCAGCAAAGGGCCCCCUAAGAUUGUCUUCAGUGACGCCAGCAAGGAAGCAGGGCCUAAACCUUUAGGGACUGGACCUGGACCUGGGACUGCACGGGGUCCUGGGCCAGCACCUGGGUCUGGACCUGGGGCUGGGCCUGGACCAGGGCCAGGAUCUGGAGUUGGGCCUGGAACUAGCCCUAAAGCUGGGCCAGGAUCUGGGCCUGGGCCCAGGCCUGGGGCUGGGGCUGGAUCUAAAACUGGCCCUGGGCCUGGCCCUGCUGCUGGGUCUAAAGCUGAGCCUGGUCCAGGACCUGGAGCUCUCAGUCGACCAGCAGGAGCACCUAGUCCAAAGCAAAGUAAGGCCGAACAUCAGACUGCUCCCAAGGCUGUUCCCAAGCCAAAGGAAGUGCCGAAGGAAAAGAUCACCUGCCCACUAUGCCAGGCUGAACUCAAUGUGGGCUCGCGGGAGCCACCCAACUACAACACAUGUACCACCUGCAAGCGACAAGUGUGCAAUCUGUGUGGCUUCAAUCCCACUCCGCAUUUGGUGGAGAAAAAUGAGUGGCUGUGUCUGAACUGCCAAACACAGAGGCUGCUGGAAGGAAGCCUUGGUGACCCAGCCCCCGUGCCCCUGCCUACCCCAAAGCAGACACCAACAAGUUCACCACGACACCAAGCUGGCCCAUCCCCUCAAAAGCAGAAGGGGCCAUCUGCCCCAGGCCCGGGGCAGCAGCCCACAGGCCCCCCCCACACCUCUCCCAGCCUACAGACCAAACAUCUCAGGGCAUCUGAACCCAGCAAGCCCCCAAGCGUCCCCCCAGAAAAGAAACCCAGUGGCCCAGCCGAAGCCAAACAAGUGCCGAAGCCAUCUCCUCUGCCAACUACGAUCACCGAGGCCCCAAAGACAAAGGACGGGCCCAAGAGGGCAGAACCACUUCCUGCAGACAGCAAAGCUGUAUCCAUUGCUGAAGCACCAAGAGGGAGUGAGCAGGAGGACCCAAGCAAGCCUUAUUCCCAGGACCUGUCCCGGAGUCCUCAGAGCCUCAGUGACACUGGCUACUCGUCCGAUGGGAUCUCCAGCUCCCAGAGUGAGAUCACAGGGCUCGUGCAGCAGGACGAGGAGCAGCUGAACACCGCCGGGGUGGUCAAGCCCAGCCCACCCAGCCCCUCCGAGCUCAACAAACUAGAAAGCAGCAUGCGGCCCCUCCUGGAGGCCCAGGGAGGUGCCCCCGGGGAGCAGGCCAAGGCCCGGCCCCCACUGCGCGAGGAACCAAAGCAGAGGCAGAGGCCUCGCUCCCUCUCCAUCACCCCCGAGGCAUUUGACUCUGGAGAAGAACUGGAGGAUAUCUUGGAAGAGGACGAAGACUCUCUUGAGUGGGAGAACCAGAGAGACCCGAGAGACACGGCCGAGUCCUCAGAUGACUUUGGCAGCAAGCUGCGCCAUGACUACGUGGAAGACAGCAGCGAGGGUGGGCUGUCUCCCCUCCCGACACGGCCAGUAGGCAGAGACACCGAGGGCCCAGACGAAGACUUCAUGAGGAGGCAGAUUUUAGAGAUGAGCGCUGAGGAGGACAACCUGGAGGAGGAUGACACUGAAUAUGACCGGGCCAAGUACAGCUUGAGGAAGACCAGCUCCAAGCCAGGCUCAGAACAGGGCCAAGAGCCUGCGCCCCCCAAGAGGCGGCUGCCCCACAAUGCCACCACGGGCUAUGAGGAAGAGCUGAAGGACACAGGUGCCCCCGAGCCUGAAGAUGUGGCAGCCCUGCAGGGGGGCCUGCGCCGCUUCAAGACCAUCGAGCUCAACAGCACCAACAGCUAUGGGCGAGAGAUGGAGAUGAGCCAAGAGGCAGACAUCAGCCUAGACAGGGAGCCCGAGCUAGAGAUGGAGAGCCUGACAGGCUCCCCCGAGGACCGGUCCAGAGGAGAGUAUUCCUCCACACUGCCUGCCACCACCCCCAGCUAUACCUCAGGCACCUCCCCCACAUCGUUGUCCUCCCUGGAGGAAGACAGUGACAGCAGCCCCAGCCGCCGCCAGAGGCUGGAGGAGGUCAAGCAGCAGAGGAAAGCCCGGCACCGCUCCCACGGCCCCCUGCUCCCCACCAUUGAGGACUCCUCGGAGGAGGAGGAGCUCCGAGAAGAAGAGGAGCUGCUCCGGGAGCAAGAGAAGAUGCGGGAGGUGGAACAGCAGCGCAUCCGAAGCACAGCCCGCAAAACCAAGCGGGACAAGGAGGAGCUGAGGGCCCAGAGGAGGCGGGAGCGCUCCAAGACUCCCCCUAGCAACCUGUCACCCAUCGAGGAUGCAUCACCCACUGAGGAGCUGCGUCAGGCCGCCGAGAUGGAAGAGCUGCACCGCUCAUCCUGCUCCGAGUACUCCCCCUCGCCCUCCCUUGACUCUGAGGCUGAGGGCUUUGAGAUCGGCACCUCCAAGCUCUACAAGUCUGGCAGUGAAUACAACCUGCCCACCUUCAUGUCUCUCUACUCCCCGACUGAAAAGGUCUCCAGCAGUGCCAGCUACUCCUCUGGCAAGCCCUUGAAGAGCGCAGAGGAGGCCUAUGAGGAGAUGAUGAAGAAGGCUGAGCUACUCCAGAAGCAGCAGGGCCAGCAGGCCCAGCCCAGUGGCACCUAUGGCAGCUCCAGGGGCACUGACCGAGGCCAGGGCAGCUUUGAAUACCAGUACAUCGAAGACUAUGACUAUGUGUCCAGUCAGCUGGGCUCCUCCCAGCCUCACUACGAGCACGAGGCUGCCGAUGCUGGAGCCGUGUAUGAGGAGAUCCUCCAGACAUCCCAGAGUAUAGCCAGGAUGCACCAGGCCUCUUCCCAAGACCUGGCUUUCCAGGAGGAGAAGAAGGCUGCAGAAGGCACUUACCAGGAGAAGCAGUUUCUGAACACAGAGAGUGCUUACAGUGAGCUGAUGAGGCAGAACGGUGGUCCUCUCACCCCUGGCACCAGCCCCACACAGCUCGCAGCCCCCAUGUCCUUCUCCUCAGACGGUGGGGGAAGCCGGCUUAUUCCCGAUGUCCGAGUCACCCAGCAUUUUGCAAAAGAGCCUCAGGAUGCCCUCAAGCUUCUCAACUCCCCUGCUUCUCCCAAUGCUGCUCUCAAGGGAGUGACCACUCCUUUCACUUACAGCAAAGGCACCCCUUCGAUCACAACCGUGGCUUCCAGUACAGCCAGCAGACCACGUGUUUACACAGCCGUGACAGCCCCUGCCGGACCAGAACCCCCGCUCCCUACCACUGCAAGCUAUGGCUCCCAGACUGAAGAAAUGCCCCAGGCUCAGGGCCUCCCUGACACCUCUGGGCUACCUUCAAGAGAUAGGCUUCAGAGUGUGAGUGAUGGCAAGAUUAUUGCUCCAUCAUCAAAAGGCUAUUCCGGCUUCAAGAGCUCCAGCCCACCCCUUUCUCCUGCCUCUCCGAUGGAAGGUCUCCCCUCUGUGAUCAGCAGAAUGGGGCCCAAAUCUACUUCAGAGUUCUCAACCCAGACCCAUAGCCCACUUCUCCCCUCUGACAGGAGCCCCAUCUCCUCCACCCCAUCCUCCAUGGUGGCUCAGGGCACUCAGACUCCACACCGCUCCAGCUCGCCUCGCCUCACCAGGCAGCAGUCUUCGCAAGAAUCUCCUUUUAUGGUCAUCACCUUGGCAUCAGAUGCAGCCAGCCAAACCAAGUUGGUCAAUGCAGGUUCUUCCAUGUCACCAGACUCGUCUCCAACCAGACAGCAACCUACCGUUCACAGCUAUAGUCAGUCAGUACAGGUCAAUGGAACCCAGUUCCAACAGGAGCAGCCACUGCACGGCUUCCCCAAGAGUGAGAGAACCCCCACUUCGAGUGCCAUCAUCCCCAUGAAUGCUGCAAAGGGGCACGUGGCCCCAGCUAUGGAUGGGGCAGCUGCUCUCUAUGGCUGGGGCUCCCUGCCUGCCGAGAACAUCUCUCUAUGCAGGAUCUCCUCAGUCCCUGGGACGUCCCGGGUGGAACCAGGGCCCAAACCACCGACUAGUUCCGCGGUGGACCUGCGGACCGCGAUGAAAUCCACCCCGAUCAUCAUCACUGACCAAGGCAUGGACCUGACUUCCCUGGCUGCUGAGGCCAGGAAAUACUGUCUCACCUUAGACCAGUCUCCGGGGCGGCAGUCCACGACGGUGCAGCCUCUCAUCAUCAACCUCAAUGCCCAGGAGCACACCCACACCUUCAUCGGCACCUCCACCACCGUCAGCAUCACUGUGGCUUCCUCCAUGCUCGUGUCUCAGCCAAAGCAACCCGUGAUCUAUGGGGACCCUUUCCAGAACCGGCUGGACUUUGGGCAAGGGACUGGAACCCCCGUGUGUCUGACCCAGGUUAAACAUGUGGAGCAGGCCGUGCAGACUGGCCCCUACCAAGGAGGGCCCCGGGGAAAGCCCAAAGAAGCUGGCAGUCCCCAGCAAACCAAAUUUGCCCGGUAUAACCUGCCCAACCAGAUGGCCCCUUUGGUUAAAAAAGACAUUCUAGUGACUCAGAUGAGUGCCGCCCAGAACGUCAGCAUCAAGCCGUACCCCGCGGAGCCGAGUGCUGAUGCCUACCGGGGUGUGCCUGCAGAGCUCAAAGCGCACAGCAUGCCCACGCACCUCGCGGGGAAGAAACCUCACAUGAUGAUGGUGCAGAUGGAUGACAUGACGGCUGGGGCCGUGACCAAACUGGUCAAAGAAGAACCCACCAAUGCUUUGGACCUCACCGGAAUCAAACCCGAGAGUCAAGUGGCUUGCUGUGAUGUGGUCUACAAAUUUCCUUUCAGCAGCAGCUGUACAGGGACCUUCCAUCCGUCCUCCAAGAUGCCUGAGAAAAACGUGGUGGACACAGCCCAGCCCAGCCAGGGCGCCCUUCCCUUCUAUGGGCCCCGGGAGCAGGACCUUCCCGAACCGGCCCCAUACAGGGAACAGGCCAUGGCAGGCCCCAGGCUCUAUGAGGAGCAGAAACUCUAUUCCCACGGCCUUAUGGGAAGGCUUUACUCCUCCAUGUCUGACACCAACCUGGCCGAGGCCGGGAUGAAUUAUUACCCACACAAAAGCGACCAAUUUUUCCACCCCCCCGGGGGAGACUCCGCCAUGGACCUCACAACCAUGAAGCAUUCCUACAGCAUCGGCUUUGACGGCCGCUACCUGGCCCAGGGGAUGCAGUAUGGCUCCUUCACAGAUCUGAGACAACCCCCGGACCUGAUGGGCCACCCCUUCCCCAUGAGAAGGUACAGCUCAGCGUCCAACAUCUACUCCGAUUAUAGGUACUCGCCGCGAGGAGACCUGUCGGGCUUCCAGGAGUCCAGCCUGGCUCAGUACAGCGCCACCACGGCCCGGGAGAUCAGCCGCAUGUGCGCGGCUCUCAACUCCAUGGACCAGUAUGGGGGCCGGCACAGCAGCAGCCCAGAGCUCUUGCAGUAUGGCCCCAGGCCCGGGCCCGGAGCCGGUGCCCAGCAGGGCCUGGCAGCCCUCAAACCCAACAUGAUGGUGAACCCCAACUUCCCCGAAGGCCGUCAGAGCUUUGGGAAGCUGGCCCAGUACAACCCUGCCGCGGGGCAGGGUGGAGGGGCCAUCAGACAGCUUUUCCCUUCUACGGCCACCGUGCGCGCGGCUGACGGAAUGAUUUAUUCUACCAUCAACACACCAAUUGCCUCCACUCUUCCCAUCACCACCCAGCCAGCGUCAGUACUCCGGCCUAUGGUUCGAGGCAUCUAUAGACCCUAUGGCCCAGGUAGCAUUACCCCUGUGCCUCUUGCCAGCCUGACCCGAGUCCCGGUGGUUGCCCCUCGGGUUCCCCUCAUGCCCCAGGGGCUGUAUCGAUAUCCACCCCCAGGCAGAUUCCCAGCCCUCACAACGGCACCUGGGAUGGAAGGCCCCUUGUACCUGGGGAAGGCAGGCCCAGCCACCAGCAUAGCUGGGAGCAGCGUGCCCCCCGGGCCCACCGGGAAGCCAGCAGUGGCAGCAGCAGCCGGGGGCCUCCAGAGGACCGAGCAGCCUGUGGGAAGCGCUCGAGAAGAGCCUCCAGCAGCAGCCUCCGGGACCGCCAAAGAGGCGGGCCCGGCCCCGGUUCACCUGCCUGGCCAGAAGCAGCCAGAAGCAAGCCCAGCAGUCCUCCUGGGCAAGGCAGGGGGUGCUGAGAAAGAAGAGAAGGAGGAGGAGAGACAGAGGAAGCAACAAGAGCACAUGCUACAGAUGGAGCGGGAGCGUGUGGAGCUGGAGAAGCUGCGGCAGCUGCGGCUCCAUGAGGAGCUGGAGCGGGAGCGGGUGGAACUGCAGCGGCACCGAGAGAAGGAGCAGAUGCUGGUACAGAGGGAGAUCCAGGAGCUGCAGACCAUCAAGCACCAAGUCUUACAGCAACAGCAGGAGGAGCGUCAGGCCCAGUUCGCCUUACAGCGGGAGCAACUGGCCCAGCAGCGCCUACAACUGGAGCAGAUCCAGCAGCUACAACAGCAGCUGCAGCAGCAGCUGGAGGAGCAGAAAAGGCAGAAGGCCCCAUUCCCCCCGGUGUGUGACCCCUCUGGGAGACUGCCUCCCCAAGCUGUCACAGAGAUCGCCCUGGAAAUGCAGCGUACCAUGGCUCCCAACGGCCAGUACUGGCCUCCGAUCAACCAGGCCUUCAUGGCCACUGCAGCCGUGGGGAUAGAGGGGCAGCCAAGGGAGCCGGGGCCACCCAGGCCCCUCACCAACUCAGCCUCUGACAUGUCUCUGCAGACGGAUGAGCACUGGGAGGCUGGCAGGGGCCUCAAAAAGAGGCAUUCAAUGCCCCGCCUCCGGGAUGCCUAUGAGAUGGAGGAGGCCCAUGAGCAGCCUUAUGUGGUCAAGAAGAUCACAGAUAGCAGUGUGCAGACUGAUGAGGAGGAUGGAGAAGAGAGAUACUUUAUGUCCCGCAGGCGCCGCACACGACGGAGCACAGACUGCAGUGUCCAGACCGAUGAUGAAGACAACGCCGAGUGGGAACAGCCCGUCCGCCGGCGCCGCACGCGCUUCUCACGCCACUCAGACUCAACCUCGGACAGCAAGCAUGAGGCCUCUUCCUCCUCACCCAGGGGCAAGUCCAGCGUUGGCAUUCAGACCAUCAGCGACUGUUCAGUGCAGACAGAGCCCGAUCAGCUACUGAGGGUCUCGCCUUCCAUUCACAUCACCACCCCUGACCCCAAAGUGGAGAUCAUCAAAUACAUUUCAGCUCCAGAGAAGACUCAGAAGGGAGAAAGCCUCGCAUGCCAGACAGAACCGGAAGCACAGACCCAGGGGAUCGUGGUGCCUCAACUCACGGGGCCAGCAGCCAUCACUCCCUACACCCCCAGCAUUCAGAUUGUCACAACUGAGCCCAGGCAGCAGGGGCUUGGGAAAUUUGAGAAGAAGAAACCGGACCCUUUAGAGAUUGGUUACCAGUCUCAUCUGCCUACUGAGUCCCUCUCCCAGCUAGUAACCCGCCAGCCACCCAAGUCCCCUCAGGUUCUCUACUCACCUGUCUCUCCUUUGUCUCCCCACCGGCUCCUGGAAUCCUCCUUUGCUUCCAGCGAGAGAUUGAACAAGGCCCACGUUACACCACAGAAGCAUUUCACUGCCGACAGCACCCAGCGUCAACAGACCGUGCCUCGCCCCAUGAAAACCAUGCAGAGGUCCUUGUCAGACCCCAAGCCCAUCAGCCCCACUGCCGAAGAGUCAGCCAAAGAGAGGUUCUCCCUCUAUCAGCAGCAGGUCCUCCAGGGCAGUCAGAUGUCAGCAUUUCAGGCUAACACCCUAAUUCGAAAAGUGAAGCGGACGCUGCCCAGCCCCCCUCCAGAGGAAGCACAUAUGCCCCUCCCAAGCCAAGCACACUCCCAGAUGUACCUAGCUGGCCUCCUCCAGAAGGGCCUGGCGGGUCCCCCUGUCCAGGUGACCAAAGCCAGCCUACUCAAGGAGCUGGAUCGGGACCUCAAGCUGGUGGAGCACGAGUCCACAAAGCUGAGGAAGAAGCAGGCAGAACUGGAUGAGGAGGAGAAGGAGAUUGAUGCCAAGCUCAAGUACCUGGAGUUGGGAAUCACCCAGAGGAAGGGGUCCCUGAUGAAGGACCGGGUUGGCAGAGAUUACCCCUAUCUUCAGUGCCUUGGGGAAAACCGUGACUACAUGUCCGAUAGUGAGCUCAACAAUUUACGACUUGCCGGCUAUGAGAGCGGCGCCGUCCAUGUGAGGCCAAGCACAGCUCCGACCAAUCAGUACUCUGACUUUGCAGCCACUCAAUACACGUCCGCCUCCUCCUACCCUCCCUAUCAGUACCCACCAGGCCAGGGUCCUCCUCCUCCUCCCCCUACAGCCUUCCAACACACCCGUUUCCAGCCUCCCCAGUACCCCGUGGGUGUUGCUGGUCCUGCUCAAAAUGGCUUUCAAGCCAGCCAGGUAGCUGCCUACCCACCUCAAAGCACAUACCCAGCCCCUGCCUACCCUCCAAGUGCAGGCUACCCGGCUGAACACAGUCUCCCCGGCCAACAGAACUUCCGCCCUGCUCCUCCCCACUACCAGCCCCAGACAACUUACCCAGGCCAAAUGGCCCACCCACCCCCUCAAAAUGCCCUCUACCCAGACCCGGCUGACAGUCAUGCCUCCCACCAGAAGCCAAGGCAGACCUCCCUAGCUGACUUAGAACAGAAGGUUCCUACAAACUAUGAAGUGAUUGCGAACCCCCCAACCGUGAUGUCUUCGGCUCCUUCCGAGCCCACGUACAGUGCGCCGGCAGUGACCAGCACCUAUGACCAGUACAAGGCUCCGGAGCCCCCCCGGGCCGGUGACCGAAGUGGCGUGAGCCAGAGCCCUGGACCCGCUUACUCUUCGGAAUCGCUGUACACCAACCUGGAGCAGAACAUUCCCAGGAACUAUGUGAUGAUCGACGACAUCAGUGAGCUGACCAAGGACAGCACACCGUCAGCCGUGGAGAGUCAAAAGCCAGAGCCCCGGCCCCAAGGCAGUAACGGGCGGCAUGUGAAGGACAAAAGUGACCUGGGAGAGCCCGAGGGCCCCGGCGUUCCCUGCUGUUACUCCAAAGGGGAAGAAGAGUCUGAGGAGGAUGUCUAUGAUCACCAUGGCACUGACCAUCGAGGGAAAAGUAGCUACCACCGGGGCUCCGAGAGCAAUGGGAGGAUGUCAGGCAGUGGAGGAGGGUCCUCGUACUACUACGGGGAGAGUGACUACAGGCACUCAUCUCGGCCGGAGAAACACGGCUCCAGCAUGGGAGGGCCAAAGCAUUCUUCUAAGAACCUGGCCCCAGCCGUCAUCUCGUCCAAACGCAGCAAGCAUAGGAAACAAGGCAUGGAGCAAAAGAUCUCCAAGUUCUCACCCAUAGAAGAAGCCAAAGACGUUGAAUCCGAUCUGGCCUCCUAUCCCACGACCACCUCAGUCAGCAGUAGCAUGUCCUCGAGAGGGAAGAAGUUUCAAGAUGAGAUCACCUACGGCCUUAAGAAGAAUGUGUACGAACAGCAGAAAUACUACGGAGUGUCAAGCAGGGACCUCGUAGAGGAAGAUGACCGACCCUAUGGCGGCGGCAGGUCCAGAUCGUCAACAAGUUAUAGCAGCGACAAGUCCAGCCAUGAUAUGAGCAGCCGAAGCAAGUCCUAUGAACGAGAACGAGAACGAGAACGAGACAGCAUGGAGAGGCUACAGAAAACCAGCUCAAAGCCAUCAUCCCUGAGCAUGUCUCAGAGCCGAGGACGGCCCCCCAUGCGUAGCCAGGCCUCUGAAGAAGAAAGCCCCAUCAGUCCUCUGGGAAGGUCUGUGGGAGGACCCCGCUCCUCCGGGGGGCCUCUCCCUCCAGGGGCCGGGGACGGCUGCUCUCCAUUCUGCUCCAGUCACUCCUUGCCUGACGUCCAGGAACACAUCAAAGAUGUGCCAAGGACCCAUUCCUACAAGCAUGAGGAAGGCUACAUCCUGGAUGAUUCCCACUGUGUGGUUUCAGAUAGUGAAGCCUGGCCUACGUUCCCGGUGCCUGAUCGAGAGAUUGACUGUGAUCUGUUUUUGGUUUCUGAAGCUUAUCACUUGGGUCAGGAGGAGACAGACUGGUUUGAUAAGCCCAGAGAAGCCCGUUCAGAAAGGCUCAGACAUCAUGGUGGCCACUCCUCAUCCUCCUCCUCCCAGAAAAGACCCCCUGUCAAACAUACUUAUCAUGACUACGAUGAGCCCCCUGAGGAGGAUCUGUGGCCACAUGAUGAGGGACCGCAGGGCCGCCAUUCUUCCAAAGAGCAUCGGCACCAUGGGGACUAUGGCCGCCACUCCUCGGGGUCUUCAUCUUCCCGCCACCAGGGUGAGGAACCUUCUAGGAGGGUCUCGAAGCCACACCCCCGAGACUCAGGCCGCCAUGAAGGCAGACCUCACUCCCAGCCUUCUUCCCAGAAGAAGGCCCAGCAGGCUGAUCCAAGAGGCCAGCCAUCCUACCCUAGUUCUCAGUCGGAAUACUCACAGCCAUCCCGCCAGCCAGCAGCCUACCAUCAUCCCUCGGAGCCCAAGAAAGCUCAGCGGUCAAUGCAGUCCGGCCCCCCGGCUCAGCCACCUAAAUCUGAGACUCUGGCCCACUCACAGCCACAGCAGGCCAGGCAGCCCCAGUCGGGACCUUCUCAGCAGCAGCUGCCACCACAGUCAUCCAGGCAGCAACAAUCACGCCAGCCCCCAUCACAGCAGCAGCAGCAGAUGAGCCAUGGGCCACAACCAACUCAGUCUCAGACACAGCAGACACCAUCACAGGCUCGGCUGCAGCAGCAGCAGCAGGGCAUGCCAGGGCAGCCUUCCUCCAGGGGCCAACAACCCCCAAGUGGACAGCAGGCUGGCAAGGCAAUGCCAGGCCAUCCCCCAUCAGCAAGUGCCCAGCCUGCAGGCCCCCUGAAAGCUGAGCAGCUGGACAGCUCCAAACCCACAGCCAAAGUGCAACAGCAGCAGCAGCAGCAACAGCAACAGCAGCAGCAGCAGCAGCAGCAGCAGGGAAGGGUCCCACAUGCCCAGCCCCAAGGGGCCACCACUACAGGUACAAAAGUGGGAGCAAAGCCUGGGGGAGUCCCACCAGCAUCAGGAGCCCCCACAGGCCAGCCUGGGGCCGAUGGAGAGAGUGUGUUCUCCAAAAUCCUUCCUGGAGGGGCAGCGGAACAAGCAGGCAAACUGACUGAAGCCGUGUCUGCUUUUGGAAAGAAAUUUUCUUCAUUCUGGUGAUCUGUACUGUAGGAUGUUUUGGAAGAUGAAUGGAGAUAAAGUCAUUCCUGUGGAAAAACCUAUGAAGAAACUAAUGGAUUUAACCACAGCCUAGGACUCUGCGUAUAACACAUCUGAACUCAUGGCAAACCCUAGGCUCAGUGACACAAACAGGACACAGUGGAUGCUUUUCCAGCUGGAGUCACCAGAGUGAGGCAUCUGCCCGGAAGCCCCCCAAGGAGUGUCUCCCUCAGAAGUGCUCCCUAAAGACAGUGUCCAUAGUGACUCAUCCUCCUCUCUGGUGAGCAGUGGCUAGAACAAGCCACAAUCAUUCUCGGGGAGACUUUUCUUGAGGAAAACUUGCCAAAGGUCCUGCUUAGGACUGUCCAGAAGCUUGGGGUUCCCACUUUGCCCUUGGAGAAGACUUUUGAACCUCCAAAGGCAGUGCCCCUGCCCAGGGCUCCCCCUUGCCAAGUGGAGACUGGAGCAGGGUUCAGGGGCCCUUCCUUCAGGGUUAUACACAGAGUUCCAGCUCCUGCCGACUGGGACCUCUUCACUCUGGGGCCUUCAAAGGUUUUUCCACAGCCUUGGAGAUGGGCUUUGAGUCGAGGGCUGGGAGCUGAGCGCUCCAUUUCCUUCACAUUCCAGUUGGCCCCACAUCUCCCUCUGCGGGCACCCUGUCCUUGGUGACGGAACGUGUGCAGCGAGGGACUUGUGGGAUUUAGAAAACUAAAAAAAAAAACACUAGGACCUAACACUGUUUCUUUAUUGAAAUACGAGGCCAUAGGACUCUGCAAGGCAGCAUGUACACUGGCUGACUUUUCCCCAGACAGAUGGUGGCAGGCCAAGUGUGUCUGCCAGCCACCUUGAAGCCAUCACCUAGCCAUUGUAAAACAUCCAAGUGGCAAUGCUUUCAUACCAACCAUCUCCUUCUUUUACCUAUGCCUGAAGAUUUCUUUUUAUUUCAAACGCAGCCUUAACCAUUCCAAUUUUCUUUACUUGUAUACCUCAUAAGCAUUUUUCUUUCAUUUUUCUUUCCUCCUCUUUCCUUAUUCCCCCUCCCAUCCCACCCCACUAUACUUUUUUUUUUUGGAAACUCCUUUCCCAUUUACUCUGUACCUGGUUAUCAUGGGGUGUUCUCUGUAGAAGCAAUAGAGUGCAGUAGGCUACAAGAGCCCCACGAGGUGGGAUGACAUCAGGAGAGGUCGCCUCUGCCGUUCUCCUUCCUCUUACUGUGCAAUUCAAGUCUUUCUUAAGCCAUUACCGGUGGGCGUGCUCAGAAAUGUAAAAAAACAAAAACAAAAUGAAGCCCAUGUGUUUUGAGUUGCCUCCACGAAGUUCCUAGAACCUCUGGCAUGGGAAGUGAGAGGGAGCCACCGCGGUCAGCAGCUGGUGAGCCCAGGGUAGGGGUGUCCUGGCGGUCACCGGGAUGACUGCGUCAAGCCAGCCGCUCUCGCCUCAACAGUGUUCCAGACAACCAACCUGAUGGUCCCAUACAUUGGAGCUUCCCUUCGACCUGAGCAGCAGCAACAAGUCUCAUUUCUAACGUUCUAUGCAAUGAAAUACAAAAAAAAAAAUUAAAAAAACAGAACACACUACACCUGUUAAUAUUUAAUAAACUAAAUGUUACGUAUAAGAAUUUAAUUGCAAAUGUGCUAUGGAGAAACUGGAUGGAUAUGUUUCUAGCUACCACCCGUGUGUGUGAAGUUUCCAAUUUGUGGCAUGUUCGACCCAUUUGAAGGACACGUCGUUGCCAAAGGGUGACCAUGCUGCUGUGACUGUCUCCUGUUCUAGAGUAGAGCAUGGCUUGCUACCUCUUUGCACGAAUUCAUCUACUUUAAAUGCUUGCUGUACUUUGCUCGGGGUUCUUUUUGCCUCAGUCCCUCGCCUAUACUCAAAUGCUUCUCGUUGACAUAUGCACUUGUUAUUGAAGGAUUGUCUGUGCUCUCAUGGGAGAGGUCGAUGCCUCUGGUCCAGAGAGAGGUCCCGAGCACUCCCACCCACGCUGACCUCCUGAGGAUUUGCCCCCUUACCGUCUCCUUUCUACAGAUCUCCAUCCCCACAGGGAAAUGAGCCACCCAGCCUUGAGCCCCCAUGCCCAAUGUGGCCCCCUCCAGUGGAUCAUAGGAAUUAGAACGGGAAAGGGUCUUUGAGAAUAUCUCAUCCAGCCCCCUUGUUCUAUUGAUGUAUUAGCUGUGGGCCAGAGAGAGGAGGCAGUACCUUCACACAGGAAGCAAAUAGGACAGCUGGGAUUUGAAUUGGGGUCCUCUAAUGCCUUUCUCAUUCUAUUAGUUUUCCCAAAGAACCACCAUUACCGCCACCUCCACAUACAGACUCUAUACCCCAAUGCCUGGAGCAGAGAGAGUACCAUCAACCCUGAGAUGGAGAAGAUAAAAAAUAAGUCAGAAGAGAGUUUGAGCAAUCCUAGAAGUCUACUAUAGAAUUUCUUUCUUUAAGCUUGCUUAUUUGGCCCCCGUUGUGAGAAUCCCCCAAGCACUAUGACUAGGGCUUCAAAAACGGACUGUACAUAGGAAACUGGAACCUUUGCCCCCUGUGAAGCUCAAACCCCAAUAGAGCUGCUCAAGGCUUUAGGGAGGCCUGGAACCUCAUUUUAAAAAAAAAAUGGUUUUGAUACCAAUGGGCUCUGGGUUAGGGCACGAAAGGUUGGGAGCAGGGGUUGGUCGUUCCAUUGUGGAGAGGUUUGUUAUACCUUGGUUUUACCUGUGCUACCACGUCUUGACUAAAGCAGGCCAUCCCUAAAAGGGGCUAGAGCAGCUAAGGAGCUAGAGGGAGUGGAAAACCUCCACUUGUUCCCCUCCCGCAGGAGGAAGGGCUAGGACUCAGGAUUUGGAGGUCUUUCUUAGCUUUCCACUCCAUCAAAGAGAGACUUCCCAGGAACCUCGGCCCAUAUUUGAAGCUUAAAAACAAAACAAAACAUUUUCAAAGGCUCUAGAAAGAAAAGGGCAUAGAAUGGGUGUGGGGAGUAGGGAGGGGAGAAAUAAUCCUUUGGUGUUUAUGAAAACCAUUGUUGGAGCUGCUGACCUUUGGAGGUUGGCAUUGUCUGGUUGGGAGGGACUCGAUGGUUUCUUUCUAGCCUGUUUCCCUGGAACACUAUCUCCAAGGCAGCACUGACUUCUACCAUGCCUUGGGAAGUCCUCAGGGGGUCCACAGGCAAGGAGCCCAAGGCCUAGCCUUCUUGUAAAGCUCUUCAGGUUGUGCCAUGUGUUUCUUAGGAGAUCCUGUUUCUUAGCAGCUCUAGGACUUAGGAGGGGAAACAUCUCUCCCUGUCACUUGUCUCCAGACCUUGAAUGAAGCCUCCUUGCCUAGAGCCUCACUUUGGUCUGGUUUGCCUCCAGGAUAUAUCCUGGUCCCUCUAUCUGAGUCCAGAAGAGCCUUGAUAGACUAUCCCAAGAACCGCUGGAGGGUUCAACCCAUCUUAAAGGGCUGUGUUUCUUAGCUGCCAUUUGAGUGGAGAGGACCAUCCUACCCUCCAGAGACAAAUGGCCAAGAGAAGCACUUCUUAAUGAGAAUGAAUGAGAUGGUAUUAGACUGAAAACGAUAUGUGGGAAGACAGUGGGGAAAGGGGACUGCUUUCCUCAUGUCUUCAUAUGGACAAGAAGGGCCUUGAUGGCCUUAGUUCUAAGAGUAAAUGGUAAAUGAAUCUGUGGUGAACGAUUCCCAGUAUGGGUAUUGAUCAGUCAGCAUUUGUAUUAGGGAUAGCCCAAACUUCCUUCUGCAUUGCUGUUGGGGACUGGUAUUCUUAAUGUCUUUUUUUGAUUGGUCUUCCUUAUUGAAGUAUGGAAUGGUAUGGGAUAAGCAUUUAUAAGCACCUACUAUGUGCCAGGCACUGUGCUGAGCGCUGUACAAAUAUUAUCUCAUUUGUAACAAUACCUCUCACUGACAUGGCCUCUUCCAAGGAAGCUCAGCUCAUCUCGCAUGUAUGAUCUUUUCUGAUUGUCCACCAGAUGUGUAUAAAGUAAGGAAGGGGAAAUAUCACUCUCCUUGUUUUCCUGAUAAGGAAACUGAGGCAGAGUUUCAAUUACUUGAAUAAGACCAAACUCCAAGGCAUGAGUAGAGGGUUCCUUUCUGGGAUAAGUCCUUACCCUUUUUCCUCUAAGAGCCUGGACUGUGUGUGAGAGCAGUCUGACCCAAACCCACCUCUCCUCUGAGCUCCCAGAUGAUACCAGAGAGGAGGCUCUUGGCUGGACACCUCUUUGGUACUGAUUUAGAGCACUUUCUAGGGACAGAGAUAAGGAACGGUAGGUAUCCAUCUGGAAGUCAAAAUAACAUCUUGGACAGUUAAGAUGAAGGUGCUUGGCACAAAUGUAGAGAGGCAAGUCCUGCUAAGGCACAGGGCCCAAAUGACACCAGGGGACAGUCUGCCACAGGGAGCCAAGGGUACUGGAGAUAUCGCUGAAGUAGGGUUCUGGAUCUCUUCUGCUGCAUGGGGGGGCAGGCAUUGGGUGCUUCCUAAUAUUUUCCACGCAUACUCUUUGUAUUGAGGGCUCCGUCCACCAGUGGAAAGCUAGCACACUCUCCAUGCUUUGCCUUUGACAUUCCUGUCAAAGAGCUACCUCCACCAGGCAGCUUCCUCUUUGGACAGAAAGCACACACACUCACUACAGCCAUGUUAUCAAUAGCUCUUGUUGCCCCCCCAGCUCCAGAGACAAUCACAGGACCUUAAAUCUGGAAGGGGCCCUAAACAUCCUCUAAUCCAAUGCUUUCAUUUUGUAGACAGGAAACUGAGGCCAAGAGAGCUGAGAUGAGUGAUCCUAGAUCAUGAAAUAAGCUGGUGGAAGACUUGGAACUAGAACCCAGGGCCCCUGACUUCCCAGCUCAUAGUACACAUACCACACUGCCUCAGAGAGGGAAGACAAUGAGAGCUCCAUAUUAAAUUUCUGUGAUCAGUUCUUGCCCUGGGAAGGUAGGCUAUCUGAUCCUUUAAUAGCAUUGAGAACCAAGCGAAAGCGGAGGAAUUGAGGAUGUCUAGAGGAGAUCUUCAUUCCCUAAGUAUAUAUUCUUUGUCUCUAGGUUCUCCAAUAGCAGUGGUCUCCCCUUCAGGCUCUCCCAGAAUGGCCAGUAAUUCCCAGAGAGCCACUGGUGUGACAAGUGCAUACAGUCUGACAUCCUCCCAGGCCCUGUUCCCCCUUGGGUCAUCUCUUUUGGGGUGGCCAUGACCUGCUCUCUCCAUUCCUGGCAUGUAAAUACAUUGUACAGUGUGUAAAUCUCAUAUGGCAAGGAGAACAAAUCUCAAACUGAAACUUGCGUUGGGGGAUUCGCAUCCCAACACUGGCACACCUUUUGCUUUGAUGUACAAAAAGAGAAAGCCAAUACUUUAAUAGGUGUGUGUGUGUGUGUGUAAGUGAGUGAGUGUGUGUGUGUAUGUGACAGAGAGAGAGAAAGAGACAGAGAGAGAGAGAGAGAGAGAGAGAGAGAGAGAGAGAGAGAGAGAGAGAGAGAGACUGCCUCAUUUAACCCUUGGGCUUGAAACCCACACCUCUUCUGCCUUCCCCCAACCUUUCCCUCUCUUCCCUCCACUCUUCUCUUCUCCCUCCUCUCUCUUCCCCAAGGUAUAGUAGUCAUCUGUAGAAUUCUUAUGGUUUUCCCAGCCCCUUCCACCUGGUGGCUUCCAUGCCUUUCUUGGGCUAUUCCAUUUGGGGGUGGGUUUUAUUUUUCUGUUGUUGUUGUUGUUGAAGGGGCGGGGGUGGGGGGUUGUACAAAGUCAAACCAACAAGUUUACAGUUGUAAGUGCAAUGACCUAUGUCCUCUAUCUGAACAUUGUAAAUUGUGUGUCUGUCCUGCUACGCCCUGUGAGAACUUGUAGUAUUUCAACGUACCACCUUCUGUAUUGUGACUCAGUAUGAGAAAUUGCCCCUACAAGGUAUUUCUGUGAUAACAGAAUAAAAGGACUUGAUAUAAAGCA